AUGCUGAUGCAGCAACAACACCAGAUUCAGCAGCAAAGACAGCAGUUGCUUAACCAGCAUCUUCAACAGCAGCUGCAAGGAUCCUCCACGAAUCCGCUUUUAGCUGCCUUGAACGGCGGUCAGAAUCCCUCCAUGGCUGCACCUGGCAACAACCAGAAAGUAAACCCACUUUUACAAUUACAAAUGCAACAGUUACAGCAACAACAACAGCCACAGAGAAUGUUCAACAACCAACAACACAUGCAACCCCAACUAUCACAAGGCCAGCAGCCACAGCAGGUGCCAAUAAUCAAGGACGUGUGGAAUUUCAAUUUGGAAUACGAGUUCAACAACCUCCGUACCUUCAUUGAUGACAAGACGUCCAAGGUGUUCAUUUCUAUCCAUCAAGAGAUCCCCGGUAUCGUGGCCAGGCCCUUGGGCACUUUCAAGCUGUCGGCAGACUACCACUUCCAGUGCUUGAGAUCAAACUCCGAUAUUUUAAACCUCAUUCAGCUCUCUCUCUGUGCUGUGAAGAUGCAAGACGACAAGAUCAGUAACCUGGUCAUAUGGCAAUUCAACUUUGCAUACGACCUCACACAGGAGAUGUUCAACGAAGAGCACCUUUUCAUGUUAUCUCAGACAUCCCAGAUCAACUUUGCCAUGCACAUGAGCCAGGGCAUCUCACACUUUGCAUUCGCCGAACUCAUGAUAGAGAGCGGACUUCUUUUAGAUCCAUCUAUCAACUGGUUGAGCUACCACUCGGGCUACGACUUGGGCUUUUUGGUCUCUCUUCUCACUAACGACAUCUUGCCUCACGACGAAAAGGAGUUCUUCUGGUGGUGCACCAAGUACUUCCCAAACUUCUUCGACUUGAAGCAUAUUGGCAAUCAGCUCUUAAACGGCAACGCCAAGACUGGUGCAAACUCCAACACAAACAGUGAGAUUGGCGGUUUGAGCAGUUCCACGUCAGCUGGAGCCGCUGGCGAUAUAAAAAAGGGCCUCACAGGAAACAACAAGCCAUCGGUGGAGUACCUCGCUGAGGAAUUGCACCUUCUUCCCAUCUCACCACUCAUUCGCCAAUACUUUGCUUCAACGACAGCAGGGCAGUUUGCGGGCCACCAGCAUCAGCAAAUGACGUCGACACUUCAUGCGUACUUGUUGAUGGAGUGCUUCAAAGAGCUCUUCAGACAAUUGGGCGGAGACUUUUCCGUAUUUGAGAAAUACAAAGGCUACCUUUUUGGUCUCGGUGAUGCUACAGGGACCCUGGAGGACAAGGCCACAACGGCGGGUAAACAGUGGUGA